AUGAGUUGCUUUCCUUGCUUCUCUUCGGGUGAGAAGAAGAAGAACGAGAUAGAGGAAUUGCCGCCUCACGUAAGAGAGAGUCCACGAUUGACACAGAAAAAUCCUGAGACUCCCCAGCAGAAGCAAUCACCUGAAAAAACUGCAGACGAAAAAAGUGACAACAAUGGAAACAUCAAGGCAAAAACAUUCACUUUCCGCGAUCUUGCAUCAGCUACCGACAAUUUCCGGUCCGAAUGUCUGUUGGGUGAGGGAGGUUCCGGAAGAGUUUACAAGGGAUCCCUUGACAAUGGUAACCAGCUUGUGGCUGUUAAGCAACUCGACAGAAACAGGUUGCAAGGAAACAAGGAGUUCCUUGAUGAGGUCUUGAUGCUUUGUCUCCUUCACCAUGAAAACCUCGUCAAACUCGUCGGGUAUUGCGCAGAUGGAGAUCAGAGGCUUCUAGUGUAUGAGUUUAUGCCGUUGGGCUCUUUGCAAGACCAUUUGUUUGGUAUUGGACCAGACAAGAAACCCUUAGACUGGAAUACCAGAAUGAAAAUAGCGACCGGUGCUGCUAGAGGUGUGGAGUACUUGCAUGAUCAGGCGAACCCGCCUGUCAUCUAUCGCGAUCUGAAAUCAUCGAACGUUUUACUUGACGAGCAAUUCAAUCCAAAACUCUCUGACUAUGGGCUUGCUAAGCUCGGUCCCGUUGGAGAUAAGAUGAAUGUCCCAUCAAAUGUGAUGGGGACUUACGGCUAUUGUGCACCUGAGUAUGUAAAGACAGGUCAUCUGACGUUGAAGUCGGAUGUAUACAGUUUUGGAGUCGUCUUGCUGGAGCUAAUCACAGGGCGGAGUGCAAUUGACACGACCAGGCCUCCUGAGGAACAGAAUCUUGUUGCCUGGGCUCAACCAUAUUUCAAAGACCCAAAGAGGUUCCCGGAGUUGGCUGAUCCACUUCUUCAAGGGAAGUUCCCAGUAAGAGGUUUGAAUCAAGCAGUUGCGGUUGCCGCCAUGUGUCUACAAGAGGAAGCUGCUGUCCGUCCUUUGAUCGUUGAUGCCGUCACUGCCCUCAGCUUCCUUGCAAUUGAACAACCUGAUGUUGGAGGAACAACUAAUCUUCCAAUUCUCUCUCCACCUCCCUUAGAGAAAAUGCCGAGUGAUAUUUCAUCUAUGAAUGAGAAAUUGCCGAGUGAUGAUCCACCUCCAAAAAAGAAAAAGCCGAGCAGUGAUCCACAUCUAGAAGCAUCGAGUGAUGAUGAUCAAAGUGAUGACGGUCCACCUCCGGAUGGAACGUCGAGUGAUGAUGAUCUAAGUCAUGAUGAAGACUGCAGAGAGGAAUGGCAGCAGUCUGCCGCGGAAUCCAUGGAACGAGAUAGGAAUUCAAGGCAAAUCAGCAUGAAGUCACUUAGUGAUAGUGGUUCGCCAUAA